CCCUUAAUUCACAUAAGAAACAAAGACCGAGAGAAAUUGGAGAUCAAAGUUAUGGAGAAUGAGAGAGAAAAGCUGAUCUAUUUGGCUAAGCUCGCCUGCCUAACUGGAAGAUACGAUGAUAUGAUGAAAUCAAUGAGAAAAGUAUGUGAGCAUGAUAUAGAGCUAAGUGAAGAGGAAAGAGACCUACUAACAACUGGGUACAAGAAUGUCAUGGAGACUAAGAGAGCUUCAUUGAGAGUGAUAUCAUCCAUUGAAAAAAUGGAAGACUCGAAAGGAAACGACCAAAAUGUGAAAUUGAUAAAAGGACAACAAGAAAUGGUUAAAUAUGAGUUAUUCAAUGUUUGUAAUGACAUUUUGUCUCUCAUUGAUUCUCAUCUCAUACCAUCAACUACUAAUGUCGAAUUAACUGUCCUUUUUAACAGAAUGAAAGGAGAUUAUUUUCGAUAUAUGGCAGAGUUUGGUUCUGAUGCUGAACGUAAAGAAAAUGCGGAUAAUUCUCUGGAAGCAUAUAAGGUUGCAAUGGAAAUGGCAGAGAAUAGUUUAGCACCCACCAAUAUGGUUAGACUUGGAUUGGCUUUAAACUUCUCGAUAUUCAAUUAUGAGAUCCUUAAAUCUAUUGAAAGCGCAUGUAAAUUGGUUAAGAAAGCUUACGAUGAAGCAAUCGCUGAACUCGAUGGCCUUGACAAGAAAACAUGUUUCUUUAGCUUGUCUCAAGCAAUAGAACGAACUUACAAAUCCGGUUUCAAAAGAUCCGGUCUACGACCCGUAACCAUCGAUUUGAAAGAUGGAACCGUAGUCAACUUUUGGGUAUCCAAAACCCAACCCGAGUCCAAACCCAAACCUAAUCUCCUCCUCAUCCACGGCCUCGGAGCUACUGCCAUCUGGCAAUGGUACGACGUAGCUCGACGUCUCUCUCGUCAUUUCAACCUCUUCAUCCCCGACCUCGUCUUCUUCGGCGGAUCCUCCACGACCCGACCCGAAAGAUCCGAUAUCUUUCAGGCCCAAACACUCAUGCGGGCCUUAGAAGCCCAGUCCGUGAAAAAAUUCAGUCUCGUCGGUCUUAGCUACGGUGGAUUCGUGGGUUAUCGGAUGGCGGCGAUGUACGCAGACGCCGUGGAGAGAGUUGUGAUAUGCUGCGCCGCCGUCUGCGUGGAGGAGAAAGAUAUGAAAGCUGGCGUUUUCAAGGUGUCGGAUCUUGAUGAAGCUUCGAAGAUUCUUGUACCGGAAUCUGUGAAAAAGCUCCGGGAACUUAUGGGUUACAUAUUUUACAAGCCGGCGUUGGCGAGACUGGUUCCUACUUGUCUUCUCCAUGAUUUCAUCGAACAUGCUUUGACAAGAGAUAAUAUGGAAGAGAAGAGAGAACUGAUCAAAGCCAUACCAAAAGACAGAAUAAUCUCAGAGAUUCCAAAGCUCACACAGCCUACAUUGAUAAUAUGGGGAGAGCAUGAUCAAGUGUUCCCAUUGGAGAUGGGCAAGAGACUUAAGAAACAUUUAGGAGACAAUGGGAAACUCGUUAUCAUCAAGAGAACCGGUCAUAUCUUUAAUUUCGAGAGACCCAAAACGUUUCUUAAACAUCUCAAAUCUUUUCUCUUGGAGACUAACCCACUGCAGAUUCCUAUCUCUAAUGGCAGUGUUUGAUUCUUAUUAGUCUCAAGUUUUGAGUUUCUUCUCAUGUAUCCUCGAAACUUUAUUAACAUAUAUCAAUUCACGUUUCAACUUCGUUAAUUAUUUGUAUUAAAAUGCUAAAAAUUUC